AUGACGAGCAUCGAGAAGUUGCAGCUGUGCGGUGUUCGCAGCUUCGACCCAAACCCAGCAAAUCAGCAGUUCAUUCAGUUUCAGAAGCCUUUGACGGUCAUUCUCGGUAAGAAUGGUGCUGGCAAAACCACCAUCAUCGAGGCCCUGCUGAACGCGUGUACGGGGGCCAUGCCGCCUGGCAGUGGGGCUGAGAAGGGUUCUUUUGUCUAUGAUCCCAAGGUCGUUGGCGAGACAGAGGUCAAGGCGCAGAUUCGACUGAUUUUCACAGGAAAGGGUAGUAAGGUGAUGCAGGUCAUCCGCUCCUUCCAGGCUACACGGAGCGCUCACCGCGUCACUUUUACUACACUCGACAACACCGUCGCUUUCCAGGACUCGGCUACCGGGGAGGUGAUCUCCAGCACGUACCGUUCCAGUGAUGUGGACCGUGUCGUACCAGAGAUGUUGGGUGUCUCGCCCGCUGUUCUGACACACGUCAUUUUCUGCCACCAGGAAGAGUGCAACUGGCCACUGGGGCCGCCGAAGGAUGUGAAGCGUAUCUUUGACGACAUCUUCGCCGCCACCCGGUACGUCCUCGCACUGGACAGGUUGCGCGACAACAGCAAAGAGUUCCGCCGCCAGCUGAAGGAGCACGAGGCAAGUCUGAUGGCCCUACGGGAGCACCGCGAGCAAGCGAAGCAGCUGGAGCAGCAGAUUGCGCAGAAGGAAAGCCUUGUCAAGGCCAUUCAGAGCCGCAGCAUCGGCAUCGAGCCAGAGCUGCGGGGCCUGUGCCAGGCACGGGAGGAACUGCGUGCAGUGGAGGAGCAGAUCGAGACGCUGCAACGUGAGGUGGCGGUCACCAGCGGACGUCUCGAAGAGCGCCGCGAGGCCAUACGACGCAUGGGUGCACCUACCACAAGUCAGACACUAGAGGAUUUGCUCGAAAUACGCCGCUGCUUUGGAGCGCAGAUGCAGCAACUCGAAGAGAGCCUCGUGCGCGAUACCAAGCGCCACGAUGCAGCCGCAGCGCGGCGGCGCAUUCAAGAGGAGGAGAUGUACAAGUGCCGCUCGAACGUGCAGCUGCUGGAGCGUGAGGCGCUGGUGCACAAGGGGAAUGUGGUGCAGCUUCGCGAACUUAUCCAGCACUUGUCCAGCGAGUACGUCCUGAGCGAAGACAGCAUUGAUGAGCUCAGCCUGCAGCGGGUGCUCCAAAAGGCGGAGGUGGCCGUAGCAGCGGCACGUCAGCGCAUUUGCGCUGCCACAGAGUGCGUUCAGCAGCGUAUUCAAGACGCAGAGGACGGCGUGCAGGGCAACUCUCGCGCGGUGGAUGGAUGCAACAGGGAGAUCGAGAUGCGCGAGCACGCCCUGGAGGGUGUGUGCCGCCGCAUCAAGGAGAACGCCGCUGCCAUCUCGGCCCUUGGCGGCGACGGGUGCCGCACACAGCUGCUCCAGGUUCAGACCGAGGUGGAAGAGCUGCAGCAGCGUGUCGCCGCCGCUGAAGUGUUGCGGAAGAAGGGCGGUGAGGCGAAGCGCAGUCAGCACAUUCUCGUGGAGUUAGAGGAGCAGAACAGUGCGGUGGCCCAACUGCGCGAGGAGAUGAUGCAGCAGAAGUUGAUGGAGCGUCAGGGGCAGGAUCUAGUGUUGCUGCGUCAGCAGGUCGACGAAUCCAAUGCGGCUGUGGCGACGGCGUUACAGCGAGAUGUACUCCCGAUUUUGCAAGAGAUCGGCAUGCAAGUCCCACAGGAUGUGGGUGCUGACACCUUCUCAUUGCAAACUCUAACGUCUUUGCGCACCCAAACCGCCCAGGUACAGCAGCUCAAGGCGGAGGACUUGCGCGCGCUGCAGACACGCGUACUAGAGCUAGAGAAUAUGUGUGCCAUAGAGGAGCAGCAGAUGUCCUACAACACCAAUGAGCUAGACCAGUGUCGCCGCUCUGUUGAUGCCGGCACUAGACAAUGCUCCGGUCUCGUCUCUAACAUGGAGGACUACGAGGAAAUGCUACUACAGGCCAGGGAGGCAGCAGAGACGGCGUCGCAGAGGCGCCACGCCCUGGAGACCCUUGCGACGUGCUACCACGAUUUUAUGGUGGUGGCGAGGGAGAAGGGGAUGUGCGCCGUCUGCGAGCGUUCCUUUGAGAGUGAGGACGCGUUGGAGCGUUUUCUGACGCGAAAUGCAGCCAAACAGCGCACCAGCCCCGAUCAACUGGCGGCUGUGGAGGCGGCCGUCACCAAAGCCCAGGCGACCUACGAAGGUUUUGAAAAGCUGCAGAACGUCGUGGCGACUGUGCGGCGGAACUUGCCGCGUAUUCCAGAUCUGGAGGCCGAACUUGAAGCGCUUGAGGAGAGGGUGAAGAAGAAUCGAGCGGAGCAGCGCAAGGUCUCUGCGGCCCGCGAUGCCUCUCAGCAUGUGGUGCAUCAGCUGGACAUCGUGUUCCAGCAUCUGUGCAGAGUGUGCACCAUGGGGGAGAAAACGGUGGCACUGCGCGACACACUGAGGCGGAAGGAGAAGGAUGCUGAGGCGGCGCAGGCGGAGCAACAGCGACAGCCACAGAUACGACGAAUGCAGGGCAGCGGCGACGGUGCCGCGGAAAGAGUUCAGCUGCCGCAGCGCUCCUUUGAGGAGCUUUCUGAGGCCUACGCGGCUUCGACGGAGCGGCUGCACCAGCUCAAUAGGCAGUUUGCUGAGGCCCAACGGAUGGAGUGCGGCCAGGACGAGAAUGCGGUGCAUCGGCAGCUGCAGGAGCGCAAGGCAGCGCUGUUCCAGGCGGAGGUUGCGGUGGCAAAGCUGGAGGAUCUAGAGACGGUAGCUCGUGAGCUGCAGGAGGAGGCGGUUCAGCACCGCACGCGACUGGAGGAGCUGAAGGUUCAGGCAACAGAAGCGCAGCGUAGCGUGGAGGUGCACCAGCGGCGCGUUCUGCAACUGCGUACCGAGCUUCAAAAGGCGGAAGCUGCCGAGCGCGGCGCUUUGGACACAGCGGAACAGCAGCUCCGCCAGUUGCAGCUCUCACUGCCUGCGGUGCUCAGCUACGUACAGAACGGCUGCAACCAACGAUUGGAGGGGCUUCGGGGGCACCUACGCGAGACCGAGAGCGCGUACGAGGCCGCGACCCAGGAGGAAGAGGAGCUAGCCAGUCGGAUUAACGAAGCUCGGACGACGCUAAGUGACCAGCACCGCCGCUCCGCUGACAUGGACCGCCAGAUCGAUGUUCUGCAGCAGGCGGUGUCCAUCGCGGCCGACGAGGCGCGCCUGACAGAGACGGAGCGCACUCUCGCCUCGCUGAAGUCGGACCGCCUGCACGACGUGGAGCAGCUAUUGGGCGAGGAGGCGGGACAGGCGAGCCUCGCAGCACUGCGUGAGAUGAUCACCGCCAAAAUCACGUCGCUAGAGAAGAUACGCGCGCAGCAAGACGGCAAUACGGAGGCGAUGCUGCUUGAUGUGAGUCAGCUGAAGCAGCAGCUGCGUGGCGACAAGUACCAGAACAUCGAAAAGCGUUACCGGUCGACUUUUCUGAAAGUGCAAACGACGGAGAUAUCUAUCCAGGAUAUCGAGAAGUACUACAGCGCUCUGGAGAAGGCGGUGCAGUCGUACCACCAGGAGAAGAUUACGCAGAUUAACCAGAUCAUCGCGGAGCUAUGGCGCCAGACGUACCGCGGCAGCGACAUUGACACAGUGGAGAUCCGGUCAGAGACCGAGGGGACGACAACGACUGCGGCGCGGCGCAGCUACAACUACCGCGUUGUCAUGAAACGUGGAAACAAUGAGAUGGACAUGCGUGGUCGCUGCAGCGCUGGGCAGAAGGUUCUUGCCUCGAUCAUCAUUCGGCUCGCGCUGAGCGAAGCCUUCUGCUGCGACUGCGGUAUCCUCGCCCUUGAUGAACCGACAACAAACCUCGACGACGACAACGCUCGCAGCCUGGCGGACGCGCUGCGGACCCUCAUUGAGGUGCGGAGGGCGGUGAAGCACUUUCAACUCGUUGUUAUCACGCACGACGAGCAGUUUGUGCGUGCGUUGGGUGGCCAGUCGCUGGAGAAGUUCUACUACGUUCACAAGGAUCGCGAGGGUGCCUUCUCGGUGAUUGACGAGCGCACAUUUGACCAGCUCUUUGCGUGA